AUGAAAUUAUCUAUAGAAACUGAAAAUUACAGAAGAACAAAAACAAAUCCAGAUCAAAAUUCAAUAAUUAGCUAUUCUACAAAUAAGUCUUGCAACUCAAGUGUAAUAAAUAUGUUAUUAAUAAAUAGGAACGCAAAACUUAAGUCAAAGUUGCUUGUAAGGUAUUAUGUGAAAUGAGAGAAGAUGAAUCAAGUAAAUUAGCAAUGAAAUUCACUUAACUAAGAAUUGUUUUAGCCACUUAAUCUCUAUUGCAUUUAUUAUAAAAGUAUAAAUCAGCAAAAUUGUAAACAUACUUUUGGAUCAUCUAAUAAGAAAGAAAAACUACACAACAUAAUGGUUUCAUAGAUCCAAAUCAAACAAUAUCAUUACAACCAGUUGUAGAAGAUUUAUCUAAUCAUUAAAUUAGAGUAUAAAUACAUUAAAUGUAAUUUCAGUAAAUUCCUACUGUGACAGCAAUUGUACUUAAUCAUGUUUUGAAUAAAAUUAUAAUUUAACAGUAAAAGUCAAUCUUUAAAAGAAUCAAAGCACAAUCAAACAUCUACAAAGCAAUUACAUAAAUUAAAAACUUUAUUUAAUAAUUUCAAAAAAGGUCUUAAUAUAUUGGUCUUAUAAAUAUUAUGAGAUGCAAUUAAAAUAGGAAAAUAUAAAAAACAAGUGUUCUUGAUUAAAAUCAUGAGAUUCAAUCUGAAGAUGAACUAUCAGAAUAAAUUAUUGAUCAUCCUGAAGAAAUGACAAUAAAAGAAUAAUUAGCUAUUAAAUUUGCUAGUACUACAAUUUUAUCUUCCAUUUUAAAUGAAAAAAUAAAAAAACAAUAAUUUGCUUUAUUUUUUAAUAUUCUUAGAGGUCAAUUCUAAAAUAAAUAAUUAAAUCUAUCAUAAACAAAUGAAAUUACUCAGAUUUAUGAAUAGUCAUAUUUGGAUUAAGAUCCUAUAUUGAUUGGAACAGGUCAUCUAUGCUCUGUAGUAUAUGCAAGAUUAAAAGAUUAUUAAUAGGAAAUCAAAACAGUAAAUUAAAACAAAGAACACUUAAUUGGAGAUUCUUUAAAUACAUUGAUUUUACGUAAACAUUCUGAAUAAUCUAAUAAUAAUUCAUAUGAGGAUCUUUAUACAUAAAGAAUACUCCCUUCAUAAUUUAGACAUGAAGAAGAAGAGAAUGAAAAUGAAAUUUAAAUACUUGAAAAUAAUAAUGACUUUAAAAUGCCAUGUUCUUUACAACAUAUUACAGAUAUUGAUAUUUUGGAUUCUACAAAGGAAAUCGAAUAAAAAAUAUAAGAUACUUAAUAAAUUUAAUCAAAGAUUAAGAAUAAACAUUAAGAUCUAAUUAAGAAUGCUGUGAAAUCUUAUUGUAAUUAACAAUAAAGAAAAAAUAGUUUAUAAGGGACUCCAAGAACUUAAUAAAGAGAAGAGAAUAGAGAAAAUGUGAUAAAGGAGGGUAAAAAAUAAGAUAAGCAAUUAUACAUUAUUCCUAUUAUUGGAAUAUGCAUGAUUGCUUUGAUAUUUUUAAUUUUGUAAUGA